UUCGCUACAAUGUCACUUCCCAUGGCACCGCCGGCCAAGAGCCCUCUGGGUCGUUACAGGCUGUUGUCACCCACGGCGGCUGUCCGCGUGAGCCCUUUAUGCCUGGGUGCCAUGAAUUUUGGCAACGGCUGGAAGGAACACAUGGGCGCUUGUGACCAGCAGCAGACUGAGGAGAUUCUCGAUUAUUUUUACAGCCAGGUAUGCAUGGCAUCAUCAAUCACGGAUUCCGAGGAGUCAUACAUAUUGACUGAUUUAGGAUCCAGGAUAACCUGCAGCGGCGGCGAGAAAGCUUACCUUUGUGUUUGUCCAGGAAAUUUUAUCGACACAGCCAACAACUACCAGUUCGAAGAGUCCGAGAUAUGGCUUGGCGAGUGGAUGAAGAAGCGAGGCGUCCGCGACCAAAUGGUCAUUGCCACCAAAUACACGACGAACUACCGCUCAGGUCCUCCAGGUCAUGGGUCAAUUAUGGCCAAUUACACCGGCAACGGUACCAAAAGUCUCCGUUCGUCCAUUGAUGCCAGCUUGAAGAAGCUCCAGACCGAUUACAUUGAUCUCCUUUACGUUCACUGGUGGGACUACUCUACAUCCAUUCCAGAGCUCAUGCAGAGCUUGAAUCAGCUUGUGGCGACAGGCAAAGUUCUGUAUUUAGGUAUCAGUGACGCUCCUGCGUGGGUUGUGAGCAAGGCCAAUGAAUACGCAAGGAACCAUGGCCUCCGCCAGUUCUCCGUGUACCAAGGCAAAUGGUCUGCUGCCUCAAGGGACUUUGAGCGAGAUAUUAUCCCCAUGGCCCAAGACGAGGGGAUGGCACUCGCGCCUUGGGGCGCCCUUGGAUCAGGCAACUUCAAGACGGAUGAGCAAAGGAAGAGCACCGAAGGUCGCCGUUUCAGGCCAGCCACGGAAGCUGAUAUCAAGAUCAGCCAAGUGCUCGAGACCAUUGCUAAGCGCAAGGGCAGCAUUAUAACAUCUGUAGCGUUGGCUUAUGUGAUGCACAAGUCCCCUUAUGUCUUCCCCAUUGUUGGCGGCCGUACUGUUGAUCAUCUCAAACAAAACAUCGAGGCUUUGGGGCUGGAGCUCAGCAGCGACGAGAUUGCUGAGAUUGAGAACGCCGUGCCUUUUGACCUAGGAUUUCCUCACAACAUGCUCUGGGGCGACAAGGUCCCAGAGAAUCGUAAGCAAGUCUGGUUGCUCAACAUGGGAGGUCAAUUCGAUUAUGUUCCAGAGCCCAAGCCGAUCCCAGCCUCCAAGGGCGGAGUCUAG